CAGCAGUUGAACAGACAUCUCUCGCUUCCACUUCCUGAGUGUUUUCAUCACGCCAGCUUUUUUGCCAGCAUGCAGAUCACUAACGUCCUGCUUUGGGCCCUAGGAGUCACCUAUGUCAACUAUGUGACUUCCGCUGAACUGAAGUGCAAGUGUACCGAAGGCCAAACAGGCAUGGUAGUGGGUAGUGAUCCCACCCAAUGCGUAGACGGUGCACUGACAUGCGCAGAUGGCAACUUGUGCUUCAUCUCCAGCAUGAUGCACACACAUCAGCAUGAUGGAUAUUGCAAGACUGAUCUUCUGGUCCUGGUCCUGGUCCUGGUCCUCAUCAUCAUCAUCAUCAUGGGCAGACCCACACAGGUGGUCUUCAUCCUCUACGCCGUGUUCCUCCCCGCCCUCUGCUGUGAUUGGCUGAGACGUUACAUGGACUUGAGUGACAGGUGUCAGUCUCUGGUCCAGGACCUGGGCGGUCCCAUGACGGAGGAGGACAGUCCACUUCCGUUCCCGAGAACACUUUACAGAUUGGCCGCAACGUCUCAGGCGCCGUGCAAGCUGGCUUUUGUGCGAGACAGUCUGGGUCACAUUUUAGACCUGUACCAGCAGGUCAACAUGUCAGCCGUCAGCUGGGACGCCACCAAGACCGAGAACCUGCUGGUACUCCUGCAUAGACAGAAGGAGGAGGUCUCACACUGCAGUUCACCUGAAAACUGCCUUCUAACAAAACCACUGAAGGAGUACUACCACACGCUGACCACUGCUACUCUCAACCACACUGAAGGCAGCAGUGCAUCAUGGGAGUUGAUCCGCAGUGAAAGUCAGUUACACCUGCAGCAGUUACACCUGCUGAUCGCCAACAUGUAAUCUCCGCCACCACCAGCAGGAGGCGCCACCUCUCCUUUGACUCUUUUCUACUGCUUAUUUAUUGCUCCCUUUAUUUAAUGAUGGAUUAUAUUUAUUUGUUGUUAUUUAUUCUUUUUUACCAAGAUUGUUGACACAAUAAAGA